CUAGUGAUAGCUGCAUCACUUUUGCUCUUUCUCAAGAGAACCUGUGGCAUAACAGAGGUGGGGGUUAAUGUAUAACCAACAAGUAAACUCACCUCGAGACUGUAAUAUCCCUACACCAGCUAACUGAUAAGGAGCCUCUCUCUGAUCUGAGAUGGUCCCACCUGGGGUGAGAACAUAGGAAGACAUCAGGCUCUCUGGGGUGAUGAUUCUCCUCUAUGUGAUCCGGUGUGUGACAUGAGCUGGGCUCCCAGCAUGGCUCAGUGUGGGAAUCCCUUUGAGAUGCUCAGGUAGGACAAAUUUUCAACAGCUGCCUUGGUAGCUAAUUAGCCCUAUCCAGGCUUUGAUAUUUGGUUCAGUCAGUACAUGAUGAAAAUACUUAUUUACAUAUUUUUCACCUGUUGCCUGUUUUUCUAUCAUUCUAGGGUUUCUGAAAGUGUAAUAUAAUGCCAAGGUUUCCUGGAGUAAUGGUGUGUUUGAACCAGUAUUAUUUAAAGGACUCCAAUUAAGACCCAAACCAGAUGACUCCUAAUUUUUAAUUUUUUAACUGUAUUACAUUUUUCAUCUUGCUUUUUCAUGAGUUUUCUUUCCUGGGAGGAAUUCAGAGAAGUCUAGUGCAAUAGCAAAAGAAAAACACAUCAUCUUAAUGGAAGUGAUUUUUUCUUUCAAUUGAUAUUGAAUGAGAUAUCCUGCCUUUGUUAAAAAAAAAAAGGAAAUAAAAAAGGACUAGGAAAUUUAAUAUGUUUCUUAUUCUUUUGGUGUCAUUUGUACUAGAUUGUUAAUCUGAUUGUAACCUCAGAAAAAGGUCAUGACAGCCAAUAUCCCACUUGCGUUCUUCUUUUCUUUGCAAACUUUUGUACUUAAAUUUCUUUUGCAUAUUUAUAACCCUUCUGCAAUUGUACACAAGUAACUGAUAUUUGUGCUAAAUCUUGGCAGUAGAUAAAUUUGCAUAGUGAGUUGGUACUUGAAUUUGUGAAGGAAAAAUAAGAGGCAGGAAAGGACAGGAAAUUGCUUUUGUGAUGUGUUAAAGUACUCUAAAAUGAUCCAGAACCAAACCAUCCCCACAAUGUGGAGCUUUCUUAUAGUCAGCUACACACUGUGUCACUUGACACAUCAGUGGGCUCUAAUUUAUCACAGAAAUGUAACCUGCCAUGCAUUAACAAAUAAAAAUUUGUUUCUUUCCUUUUCCAGUAUUCUUCACCCACUAUAAUAAUGCUGGACUUCAUUGUUUUGUGUAUUGAAUCUGCAUACAGGGCUGAUGGUUAUAUCAUUGGGAAGGAACUAAAUCUCUGCUUGUCCGUCCAGAUGAAGGCUGGAUCUCUUCAGUAUUUUGCACAUUUCUGCACAGUUCAUAAUGUCAUAUGCCACUGCCUCUGUGACUGACUGCAGCCUGCAGAGUGACUGUCACCAUUAUGUUGUUGACAUGGUCACCCUUUCUGGCAUGGGAAGCGUGCACUAGCUGCAUUUAAGGCUCAGAGAGUUGUACACCAUUUCAGCAGAGAUGUCUGAUCUUUCCAUCUGCAUACCUGGAGGUGCUUUAUUCCCGGAAUGGUCUUGUCAGUAACCACUAAAGACUUCUUGGGGCCAAACACUGGAACAGAUGAGUUAAAUCCUUCUGGAAUGUUCUUCAUCAGACGUAGAUGUACUGGACUUUCUGGAUGUGCCUAAGGACACAAAGACUGAAGAAGUCCUGAAGAUUGAUGGAGGGCCAUGCUAUUCAAACAGCAGGCGUUGCUGAGACAGAAGCUCUUUGUGCUAGGCAGCCUUGCUAUUGGAAGUCUCCUAUAUCUAGUUGCCAGAGUUGGGAGUUUGGAUAGACUGCAGCCCCUCUGCCCCAUUGAUGGUCGUUUUGGAUCCCGCAGCCAGGACGAAAUCCCGUUGCGAGCCCUGCAGUUCAAGCGAGGUCUGCUCCAUGAAUUUCGAAAGGGCAAUGCCACCAAGGAACAAAUUCGACUGCACAAUCUGGUUCAGCAGCUUCCCAAGGCCAUUAUCAUUGGGGUGCGGAAAGGAGGCACCCGAGCACUACUGGAGAUGCUGAACCUUCACCCUGCAGUGGUCAAAGCUUCUCAAGAGAUUCACUUCUUUGACAAUGAUGAAAAUUAUGCUAAGGGAAUUGAGUGGUACCGGAAAAAAAUGCCUUUUUCUUACCCUCAUCAAAUAACAAUUGAGAAAAGCCCUGCGUAUUUUAUCACUGAGGAAGUACCUGAAAGGAUUUACAAAAUGAACUCAUCUAUCAAAUUAUUGAUCAUUGUCAGGGAACCUACCACAAGAGCUAUUUCUGAUUACACUCAGGUGCUGGAAGGCAAGGAAAGAAAGAACAAAACUUACUACAAAUUUGAGAAGCUGGCAAUUGAUCCUAAUACCUGCGAAGUGAACACUAAGUAUAAGGCAGUGAGAACCAGCAUCUAUACAAAACAUCUGGAGAGAUGGUUAAAAUACUUCCCAAUCGAGCAGUUUCAUAUUGUGGACGGAGAUCGGCUCAUCACAGAACCACUGCCUGAACUCCAGCUGGUUGAGAAGUUCCUAAAUCUUCCUCCAAGGAUAAGUCAGUACAAUUUAUACUUCAAUGCCACCAGAGGGUUUUACUGCUUGCGAUUUAACAUUGUCUUUAACAAGUGCCUGGCGGGUAGCAAGGGACGCAUCCAUCCAGAGGUGGACACCUCUGUCAUUACCAAAUUGCGCAAGUUCUUCCAUCCUUUUAAUCAAAAAUUUUACCAGAUCACGGGGAGGACAUUUAACUGGCCCUAAACAAAACUUCAAACAACACUUUCUGUUGCACAUGAGGCAUGCAAUAGGAUGUCUCUGCUGAAAUAUGCACUUUUCAUAGAUACGACUAGCAAAGUAACUUUUUUCAUGCAUACGUGUACAUAUUGCAGUGUGUGACCAAAUAUACAGUGGGAUCGAUUUUUUUCUACAGAGUAGUAACUAACAUAAAUUUACUGUCAAUAUAGUUGCAUCUUUUAAGAUAUAAUAAUAAAGGGAAAGGAAGUAUUUAGGGAAACAAAGUCAGACACUGUUAAAAUGGUCAGUGUUCCUCUUGCUUAGUGAAGUGUUUAUGUAACAUACUUAUUGAUCUAAGCAGAACAUUAGUUUAUGCCAUAAAAAUUCUUGUCAAAAGUCUGUAAAGCUGUGAGAAAGCAUAAUCUUGAGGCUAUAUUUGGUACAUGUAUUGCUAAAGGAAUACUGACACUUUAAACACAGUGCUGAAUUUUUACAAUGAGAGUGAAUAGUACUAUUUUCUUAUUAUUUUAAAUGAAUAUCUUAUCUCAUACAAACUACAUUAUUUUAGAGUUCUUGUGGUGAGUUUGCACUAUUGUUUUAUUGUAUGGACCAUAGUGUCACUUGUAGCAUGUCAAUCAUGUGUCAAGAAAAGGUCAAAUAAUUUUUUCUUCUAUACUUGUGUGUCGACAAAGCUAAACAUGGUGUACAUAGUGUACAAUGUUUGUAAAUACUGGUUUCACACUAAGUAAUUCUAUUUUGUAAACUGAAUAUGGCUAUUUAAUUUAUUGUGAAAAUUAAAUUUAUUGUGGUAUUUAAAAAUGGAAUGGAUUAAAAUUACCUAUAUGUGCAAUGGCU